CUGCACGUUGUUUCGUUUUCGUUAUUUAUUUUAACGCUUGGUCACUUCGAUCACGUUUAGUGCUCAUUUGCGGUGUGAAAUAAUGGUUAAAAUAUAAUUAAAUUAUUUAUUUCCACUUGAUUAUUGAUAAAUAACGUUUCCUGCGUUUCUGCAAUCCAUUCAAAUUCCAUUCAACUCCAGAAAUUAUGGCAGACGACGAUUUUGAUGGGGAUGAGGUAGCAGACGACUUCGAUGAUGCAGAUGAAGAUGACAACAUUGAAUUGGAACAACAGGAAGAAGAAGGGGAUAAUUUCGAACUCCUGCAGACCGGAGAAGGAAAUGCAGGUGUUCAAAAAUCUAAGAGGAUAACCACCAGAUACAUGACGAAGUAUGAAAGGGCAAGGGUUCUUGGCACACGAGCCUUGCAAAUUGCCAUGUGUGCACCCGUAAUGGUGGAGCUCGAGGGAGAAACGGAUCCCCUGCAAAUCGCCAUGAAAGAAUUGAAGCAGAGAAAAAUUCCCAUUGUCAUCCGAAGAUAUCUUCCAGAUCACAGCUACGAGGAUUGGGGAAUUGAUGAGCUAAUUAUCACUGAUCACUAAAUAUUACAAACUGCGUCUGAAUUAUUUAUGUACCCCAAUCGAAAUAUUUUAAUAUAGAAGAAUAGUGUUGGUCUGAAGGACUGAUCUCCCGAUCAUACAUUAACUCAUCAGAUUAAUUAAUUUGUAAAUAAAUCUUGUCGCUUAAAAUC